AUGUCGUCGUUUCCGGGCAGCGCUUCACAAACGCCCCUUCAAAGUCCUAGGACCCCUCCUCCACCGCCACCAAAACAACCACAGUUAAACGAUGGCCAUCCGCCCUCAACACCGCCGAAGGAGCCGAUACACUCGCAAACACAUCCAGGCACCGACAUAACAGACAUCACGGCCCCAGGGUCGGGGCCGGCAUCAGGCCGCUCAUCAGCCAUUCCAACCAGUCAGCCUUUAUUUGAACAAGUGCCGACACAGCCUACUCCGCCCACGAUAGAAGACAGAUGGAUUCCAGAGAUAUUGCAGGAUAAAUCUACUUCCGAUCUACAUGCCAUGUUAUCGAAUUCGAAUUUAAUAUCCGCAAUAGCAGACACACAUCCGGCAUCAAUACAUGCUUCGAAUAAUAUUGAAAAACUAUUAGCCACCAACACCUCCCUAGCUACACAUCUUCUCGGACUACAGUCACAUCUAUCAGCCCUGCGAGCGUCAACUGAGGCACUUCUUCUACAGCAUCAGUCGCUAGAAGUAUCAUGGCGUAAGAAGCAGACGGAAAUGGACGCUGCGUUGGAUCCGUGGUCGCCGAAGGCGUUAUAUCAGCGUCUAGUUGGUGCUGUGGCGGAGCAAGAGGCUGUUUGUAGGGCUGUUGAGGAGAGUUUUCUGGAAGAAGGGCAGCGUGGUGGAGGUGUGGCGGCGGAGAGAGAGGUUGCAGAAUGGAUUAGACGGAUUCGAUCUGAGGGAGCCAAGUUGGAGGCUAGAAGAGAGGCGAGGGCGCGAUGGGAUGAAGGGAGAGUAGGGGGAUGGAGAUAG